AAGACGAUGAUUCAGUUUUCAAAAAAACCUAAAUUCCUCUCGCCGGCAAAAAAAAAAAUUGGUGAAAGAGCAUAAGAUGAGCAGCAAUUCACCUCGGAUUUGGCGGCAAAAAGGAAGAAACCCGAUGAAGCAAUCCCUCUACAUAAGGUCCUAAUCCUUUCUUGUGACUAGAGAGAUGUUACGGUACGGACAAGAGAGAACGUCGCCGGCGAACAGCAGAACUGAAGAUUGAAAAGUAUGAUGCGAGAAGAGGAUCAGAGAGUGGCAGCUAGUUGCCUACUUCAAUAUGAGCAAAAAGAGUGGGAAAAUUCCUGAUACGAUUCCGAAUUCGAGAAGAUCAUCUUCCAUCUUCCAUCUCUUUUAGGCCCGUAACGUCUCUUCUACUGUGUAUAUUAUUAGAAUAGAGAAAAAGGAUACAUCUUUAUCUUUUCUAACAACCCCCACACACACACAGGAAAAGCAGACUAGACCUUUAAUUCUUUUAGACAUGUGCGGCAUUUUUCUUCUUCUCUUAUUAGUCAUCUCAUCUCUCUUUUUCUCUCUCGUCUCUUUUUUCAGAGAUCUGUUCUUAGAUUUUGCUAUUCUCAAUACCUGAGAGCACAAACAAAAAUAUGAGUUGGUGUUGGCCCGUUGUUGAGCCAUGUUAUAACUCUGCUCUGUCUUACUUUUGUGUAAAGGUCGGUCACAUUUGGAAAUUGAAGAAAAAUCUUGUCUUGUUGACGAGUGCUUUGGAUAAGCUUAUUGCUGAACGGGAUGAUGUUUUGAACAGAGUCAACGCUGGGGAGCUUAAGCGUGAGCAACGCCUUGCUACUGUUGAUAAGUGGCUUUCACUUGUCCAGACCAUUGAGACUCACACCUAUCUCUUAAUUGAUCUUGCUUCCUCUCGUACUGCUUCUUCUUCUUCUCAGGAUCACCGUCUCUCAACAUCUGGCUGCUGGUUCUCUACCUGCGACCUAGCCCAAGAGGUAUUCAAGAAGUUGACUCAAGUUCAAAGCCUCUCCGGUCAAGGGUUUCAACAUGUGACUGAGCAACCUCCUCCUCCUGUGGUUCAAGUGAGACUUUGCCACCAAACUGUUGGUCUUGAUGCCACGCUGGAGAAGACUUGGGAAACUCUCAGGAAAGAUGAUUUUAGAAUCUUGGGAAUCUACGGUAUGGGAGGCGUUGGCAAAUCUACCCUCCUCACUCUAAUUAACAACAAGUUCGUUGGAGUCAAGAAUGAGUUUGAUGUUGUUAUUUGGGUUGAAUCCUCCAAAGAUACUGACGUCGACAAGAUUCAAGAUGCGAUUGGGGAAAGGUUACGCAUCUGUGACAGUAACUGGUCUACACACUCAAGAACCAAGAAAGCUGGUGAAAUAAGCAGGGUUUUAAGACAGAUAAAGCCCCGGUUCGUUCUGUUAUUAGAUGACUUAUGGGAGGAAGUGAGUUUAACAGCAAUCGGUAUUCCAUUGCUGGGGAGAAAAUACAAAGUCGUCUUUACCACUCGUUCUAAGGAUGUUUGUUCGACUAUGAGGGCAAAUGAGGACAUACAAGUUCAGUGUCUGGCGGAGAGUGAAGCAUGGGAUUUGUUCAAGCUCAAGGUCAGAUGCGACGGGUUUAAUGACCAAGUUUCUGAUAUCGCUAAAAAGAUUGCGGCUAAAUGUUGUGGCUUACCCCUUGCAAUUGAAGUCAUUGGAAAGACUCUGGCAUCUAAAACUAGUGUUGAUCAAUGGCGUCGUGCACUCGAGACUUUGGAGUCUUAUCCGAGUGAGUUUAAAGGUACAGAGGAGGGCAUCUUUCAAGUUUUGAAGCUAAGCUAUGAUAACUUGGAAAUAAAAGAUGCCAAGUGUUUCCAGUAUUGUGCUUUGUUUCCCAAGGCAUAUUAUAUCAAACAAGAUGAGCUGGUAGAGUAUUGGAUAGGUGAGGGUUUCAUAGAUGAAAAAGACGGAAGAGAGAGAGCAAAGGAUCGAGGCUAUGAGAUCAUCGAUACUCUUGUUGGGGCAGGUUUGUUGUUGGUGGAUGGUGGGGAGUCUAAUAAGAAAGUGUAUAUGCAUGAUAUGAUCCGUGAGAUGGCAUUGUUGAUAGUGUCUAAAAUCAGGGAUGGAGAAAGAUUUCUUGUGAAAACAGAUGCUGGUUUAAGCCAGCUGCCUGAUGUCACGGAUUGGACAACCGUGACAAAGAUGUCUCUCAUCAACAAUGAGAUUAAGAGCAUACCGGAAGAUCCUGAAUUUCCUGACCAGACAAAUCUUGUAACCUUGUUCCUUCAGAACAACAAGUUGGUAGAUAUCGUUAGUAAGUUCUUUCUGGUCAUGUCGACUCUGGUGGUUUUGGAUCUAUCUUGGAACCUCCAAAUCACCGAGUUGCAAGGAAUUUCGGAGUUGGUUUCUUUGCGGCUUCUCAACUUAAAAGGGACGAGUAUAAAGUAUCUGCCAGAAGGUUUAAGUGUCUUGAGUAAAUUGAUACACUUGAAUUUGGAGUCCACGUCCAAUCUUCGAAACAUCCGUCUGAUUUCAGAAUUAAAAAAGUUGCAGGUUUUAAGAUUUUAUGGUUCUGCUGCUGCAUUAGAUUGCUGCUUGCUGAAGAUCUUGGAUCAGUUGAAGGGUUUACAAUUUUUGACCGUUACUGUGAAUAACGAUUCUGUUUUGAAAGAGUUUUUCAGAAGCAAAAGAUUGGCAGGGAUGACACAUGGUCUAUAUCUCGAAGGACUUAAAAUACCAUUUGCAGCCAUUGGUGAGUUGAGUAGUCUUCACAAACUUGAAAUGGUAAACUGCGAUAUCACAGAGUCAGCAUGGGAAGGCCACAGAAUAGACCAGUGUGCUCCAUCCACAGCAUCCAAUGAAAUCUCUCCAAUCAAUCCAUGGUUCAAGGAUCUCACAGCUGUGGUAAUAAACUCAUGCAUACAUCUGAAAGAUUUGACAUGGCUGGUAUAUGCUGCGAAGCUCGAGUCUCUAAGCGUGGAAUCCUCGCCUAAGAUGACCGAAUUAAUAAACAAAGCGAAAGCUGAAGGUGUUGCUGGAGUGAAUCCAUUUCAAGAGCUACAAGUCCUUCGUCUACAUUAUUUGAAAGAACUAAGAAGCAUCUAUGGGAGUCAAGUCUCUUUUCCAAAACUGAAGCUGAACAAAGUCGAGAUAGAAAACUGCCCCAAUCUUCAUCAACGCCCAGUAGAAGAAAAACGAUGAUGAUCUCAUAUAAGCUAGGCCGUUGAAUGGGGAUAGUGGAGGAGCUCAAGAGCGAUUUUUUCCUACAUUCACACUUUGGCUCUCAUCUUUGUAUUGUCCAGUUCUUAUUUCUUGUUUGUUUUCCUCUCUACUUGCUUGUUUUGUUAAGCUUUGCUGGUUUGUAAAAAGCAAGGAUGUCUUUAGUAUUGUUAAGUUACUGCUAAAACGAACUCAAAGUGAUGGGUUGUAAAAAGCGUGGAUCGGUUAUGAAGAAAGAUCCUAUUCAAAUGAUUC